AUGGCUGCAACUCUCAAAACGACCUCACUAGGAGAGAUCCGGGGCAAAGAUGCCGAUGGUGCUACACAAUACCUUGGAAUUAAAUACGCGAGUCUAAAGAAUAGACUCGCGGACGCGGAACUUGUUGAGAGCCGCGAGGGUGAUGUACUCGAUGCAGCCAGAGACGGACCAACUGCCGUCUCCCCUCUAUUCGGCUGUGAUUUAGAACUGAACGCUAUUCAGCACACCCUUCCCAAAAAGGACCUCCAGCAAUCAGACGUGGACUGCUUAAACCUGAACGUCACCGUUCCUGCUGGUACCACUGCGUCUUCGAAACUUCCAGUCUUCGUCUUUAUCCACGGUGGAGGGUUUAUGCUUGGUGCCAAUUCGUGGCCUCAGUUCGAUUAUGGGCAGUUUGCCCGAUUAUCCGUGGAGAAGAAGUUGCCUGUAGUUGCUGUUUCGAUCAACUAUCGACUAGGCGCUUUCGGGUUCUUGACUUCAGAUGAACUCCGCAAAGCUGGAUAUAAUGCUAACAAUGGUCUUCGGGACCAGAGAGUCGCACUAGAAUGGGUGCAGAAGCACAUCCAAGAUUUCGGAGGUGAUCCAGACAAUGUGACUGUAUCAGGCGAGAGCGCAGGUGCAGCAUCUGUAACCUACCACCUCCACUCCGAGAAACCACUCUUCAAGCGCGCAAUCGUCAUGAGCGGGAGUUUCUUCCUUCUCCCGGCUUUGCCGUAUAACGUGCACGAGGAGAACUACUAUCAGGCAAUAACGGCGCUGGGAUUGGCGAAUGUAACACCAGAAGAAAGAAUCCGUGUUCUGCUGGAGACACCCGGCCAGGACUUGAUUAACAAGCUUCCUCCAUCUGUUCGGUUUGUACCUGCGUUAGACAGUGAUAUUGUGCCUUCUGGUGUCACCUAUGCGCAUGUUGGUGAUAAGGGGGGUAACAUGCCCAGGGGCAAGACCUGGUGUGACAGUCUACUCGUGGGAGACACGCAAAUGGAUGCAAGUAUCAUGGCAAUCCUAGUCUCCCACACGAAACAAGACUGCGCAAGCAAAUUCACCAACGCCAUUAACACCGUCCUAUCCUCUCACCCGACCAUAGCACAGCAAAUCCUGGACAAAUACAACAUCGCCCCCAACCAACCCGACGAAGAAGCCUUCCCUGCAAUCCUCAACUACCUCAACGACCUCCUCUUCUUCGCGCCCACGCUGACUCUAGCAUGCGGCUGGCCCAAAACUGCAUACAUAUACUACUUCAACGAGGGUAACCCCUGGGAUGGACCAUGGAAGAACCGCGCCUCCCACAUAUUGGACGUGGCAUAUCUAUUUCAGAAUUUCCGGGACUAUCUCACACCAGAGCAGAAGAGCGUUGGGACGGCUUUUGCAGAGGACAUAUUCAAAUAUUGCCACGGGAUCGCUCCAUGGCCCGCGAUCAAACCCGGAGAAACGACAACUGGCUUCGCAGCACGAACGUACGGGCCCAGUGCGGACAAUUGCAUUGCUGGACAGGUAUCAAAGCCAUACGGUGAAAAGAGUCAGCGCAGGUCCGUUCUCUUCGAGUAUGAUGCGGUGUCUUUGGAUGAUUUGGUGAGGGUUUUUGUAGCAUUCACAUCAUAG